CCAGUGAGCUUCAGUGAAGAGGAAAACAUUUCCCUCCCUCAAUGGGACAUUAAAAACAAAAACAAAACUUGAAGUAAAUGUCCCGGCUUCCUCUGCAGGGAGCCAGAUCAAAUACUGCGUCAAGUGAGUGGAAAGACGUCAGUAAACCAUACCGGGACCCCAAAUCCGGGCUGCUCCAGCCCCGCUGGCUAUGGAUCGAGCGGUCCACUCGCCGUGGCGAAGGACAGAGCCCCUGGACUCCCAGGUUCCUGGCCAGGGAGGUGGAGGAAAAGGAGACCCCUAUCUGCCAGGGCGAGUGUGGCCUGAAGGCCAGGCUGCUGGUUCUGGGAUGCCCCAGCCCACGCCCAGUGAGCAAGAGGGUGAGAGCAUGAAGGGCAGCCAGGAGCCAACUCCCCAGCCUGGCAUGGAUGUGGUCCCAGCAGCCCCCAGGAAGCCCAGAAAAUGCUCCAAACUGGUCCUGCUGACAGCCUCCAAAGACAGCGCCAAAGUGGCUGGGGCCAAGCGCAAAGGAGUGCACUGCAUCAUGUCCCUGGGGGCGCCAGGCCCUGCCACCCUGGCCAAGGCUCUCCUCAAGACUCAUCCUGAGGCUCAACGGGCCAUUGAAGCAGCCCCCCAGGAGCCUGAGCAGAAGCGUAGCAAGCUGGACCCGGUUCCCCCCCAGCCCCUGGAGUUCCUGAAGACCCCAUAUGGGGGCCGCCUUCUAGUCCACAAGUCGUUCCUGUACAAGCAGGAGAAGGCUGUGGGGGACAAGGUGUACUGGAAAUGCCGUCAGCACUCAGAGCGGGGCUGCCGGGGACGGGCCAUCACGCGUGGCUUCCGAGUCACGGUGAUGCGGGACCACUGCCACCCACCUGACAAGGAGGGCCUGAAGAUGCGGCGCCGGAAGGAGAAGGUGCCUGGCUCAGACCUGCCCGAGGGCUCUGAAGGCCACGAAGAUGGGGUGAGCCUAUGGCUGUACCCUGUGGAGCCAGAGCCCACCCCUCAGCAAAGCAUUGAAGAGCCAGAGGAGGACCAGGGGUACCGAUCCCUGGCACUGCAGAGCUUGCCUCCCAAGAAACGCCCUACACCAGGAGUGGUACGGUAUCGGCCCCUUGAGUUCCUGAAGACAUGCUAUGGGGGCACUUUCCUGGUACACCAGUCCUUCCUCUACAAGCGCGAGAAGACUGUGGGGAGCAAGGUGUACUGGACCUGCCGGGAGCAUGCAGUCCAUGGCUGCCGGAGCCGCGCCAUCACCCAGGGCCAGCGAGUGACAGUUAUGCGCAGCCACUGCCACCCACCUGACAUGGAGGGCCUGCGGGCCCGGCGGCAGCAGGAGAAGACCAUAAAGAAGAUACAGGCAAGGCGGAUUGGCGCCGGGGACUUGGAGGAUUGUGAUGACAUCGAGGACACGCUGCUCCAAGGGGUGGACAGCUUGUUCUACCGCAGGGGGCAGGGCACACUGACUCUCAGUAGGUCCAGGUCCAGAAAACGAGCAAGGGAGCACCAGGAAUCCUUACAGGAGUCCCCCGAGGAGGAGGACCAGAAUGUGGACCCCAGAGGCCCAGAGUUCCUGAGGACCCCUCUAGGGGGCAACUUCCUAGUGUAUGAGUCCUUCCUAUACAGGCGGGAGAAAGCAGCUGGUGAGAAGGUGUACUGGACCUGCCGCGAUCAGGCACGCAUGGGCUGCCGCAGCCGAGCCAUCACUCAGGGCCGGCAGGUGACUGUGAUGCGAAACCACUGUCAUCCACCUGAUCUGUUAGGAUUGGAGACUCUGAGGCAGCGGGAGAAACGACCCGGCCACUCUCAGUGGGAUGGCCCAGAAGGGCCUGAGUUCCUGAAGACCCCUCUGGGGGGCAGCUUCCUGGUGUAUGAGUCCUUCCUCUUCAGGCGGGAAAAAGCAACUGGUGAUAAAGUGUACUGGACCUGCCGGGACCAGGCACGCAUGGGCUGCCGCAGCCGCGCCAUCACCCAGGGCCGGCGGGUAAUGGUCAUGCGCAGGCACUGCCACCCACCUGACAUGGGGGGCCUGGAAGCCCUGCGGCAGCGGGAGAACUUCCCUAACCUGAGCAGCUGGGAAGGCCCAGAGCCUCGGAAGCCACUGGAGUUCCUGCGGACAUCCCUAGGAGGCCGGUUCCUGGUUUAUGAGUCCUUUCUGUACAGGAAGGAGAAAGCUGCUGGUGAGAAGGUGUACUGGAUGUGUCGGGACCAGGCCCGGCUGGGCUGUCGCAGCCGUGCCAUAACCCAGGGCCGGCGGGUCGUGGUGAUGCGGAGCCACUGCCACCCAGCUGACGUAGAUGGUCUGGAGGCCCUGCGGCAGCGAGAGAAGGAGCUAUUCCCCAGUGCAGCCAAGAAGACCAGGGCAGCCAAGAAGGCCAUUGCAGCCAAGAAAGCCAUUGCAGCCAAGAAGGCCAGGGCAGCCAAGAAGGCCAGUGCAGCCAAGACCAGUGCAGCCAAGACCAGUGCAGCCAAGACCAGUGCAGCCAAGACCAGUGCAGCUAAGACCAGUGCAGCUAAGACCAGUACAUCCAAGACCAGUACAUCCAAGACCAGUACAUCCAAGACCAGUACAUCCAAGACCAGUACAUCCAAGACCAGUACAUCCAAGACCAGUACAUCCAAGACCAGUACAUCCAAGACCAGUGCAGCCAAGAAUUCCAGUGCAGCCAAGAAGACCAGUACAGCCAAGAAGAAAAGAGCAUCAAAGCGCAAAAACUGAACAGCCAGUCCUGAUGAGGCGAGCCUUCUCUGAUGCAACAGAGGAGCAACUGAUACCCCAGGUGUUUCCCAUCCACUCAGAUGCGCUUGCCAACUCCUUUUCCUCUUCCAAAGCAUUGACGACCUUCACGUUUCCUCAGAGGUCUCCCAGGAGGAGUGCUUGGUUGGACCUUGUGUGGUAUCUUGUGUUGGCAAUAAAGUAGUGCCAAGAGCUGGUGGGUGGCCUGCAGACCUGUGCCACGCUGCUGCCACCUUUAUGAUCUUAGAGAGCUGUGGAGAAGUGUGUCUGGACUGAUAUACCUCGACCCCACUCUGCUGUCCAGGCCUCAGCACCAUUUGCUUCCAGAGCAUGCAGCCUUGCAAAGAGCUUUCCAGGGGGGCGUAACCCUUUUUUAGCUCCAUAAAGUUCAGCAAGAUGAAUUUGCCCUGAGCCAGGAUGUGUACGGGAACUUCUUGCCACCCUCUGGAGACAGUGCAAGCCCCAGCAGGGGAUCUUUUGUUUGCUUUUGUUUUUUGCAUCUUUUAGGGACAAGUGCUGGGGCCUUCCUGGUCUUCAGUCACUUGCUGCUUACUAGGACCUAACCAGCCCCAACCAUGACAGAGCAGGCCAGGCUCGAGGCUUCGCUGAAUUCCUGUCAGACUUUGUGUCUUGCAUUCUGUCCCCACUGAAAUUAAACCUAUGUCCACAGUUCUCGUGGCAGCAGAAGUUCCUAGCAGAGGGAGCCAGCUUAGAUGUCAGGAGGAGGUGACACCAGAUAGGCAUGCUCUGGUGGUGGCUGCACCACUAAGAAUUGUCCAUAUGGUGUUGCCUGAUGCUCAAGGAAAGUUAGCCUGCCUCCUACAGAACUAAGAGAACCAUGCCAGAAAUGACACUGCAGCAUCCCUGGGAACUGCAGGACUUGCUGCGUGCUGCACCCCAGACAGAGCUGUCCCUUACCCUGUCUCAGAGCUGCAUGCUCCCCCCUUUAGCAAGCAAGUCAUGAAGCAGCCACCCCUGUGGACAGUGAUGGCCUGGUGCCGACCACUGGCUUCUGCUCAUCUGCUUCCCUCAAUAAACCCUGUUUAGUCUCAUGGUGCA